AUGACUCUCUCGGCGACCGACGUUUUCGAGCGUGCGAUCGAGUCUGACACGCCGGCGUACCGCGAGGCGCUCGGAGUGGCCAAGCGCGACGUGGUCGGAAUGACAAAGACAGUGGGACUCGCCGUCGAGAAGGCGGCAGAGUACCAGCGGGCGCUUGCGGCGGCGGCGGCGGCGCGGCGCGACCUGCAGCGCGUGCUCCUGCAGGCUGUGCAGAGUGCUCCGGACGGCGGCGAGCCGCUGCGCCUCGACGGCCUCGCCGCAGCCUUUGAGCAGCUCGAGCAGGCGGAUGUCUUGCAGCAGCAGCAGUUGGCCCAAAACGUGCUCGAGCCGCUCGCCGGGCUGCUCGACGAUCCGGUGGGCCUCGCGGCGUGCGCGCGCCUCUCCUCCGCCCACGCCUCGAGCGCGUCCGAUUUUGCAGAGGCGCUGGCGGAUUUCCUCUCCCUGGAGGGGGAGGGCUCCUCCGCCGUCGCGGCGCGCGCCCACGCCAAGUCCACCGCCAAGGCGACGGCCAAGAUGGCGUCUGCGAUGGGAUCCACCCUCGGCUCUCGCCUCGGCGCCGGUUUCGGGGCGCUGCGCUCGCGCCUCAAGCAGGAGAUCUCCGACCUGACCGGCGCGGACGAGUCGCCCCGCCCGUCGGCCGCCGACUCUGGCAGCGGAGAGGCGGGCGCGGAGGCGGACGAGGGCGGAGGGGUCAUGCCGGACUCGGCGGCGGCGGCGCUCGGCGCUGCGGCGGACGCCGUCGCGGCGGCGGCGAGCGACGUGUCGACCACAGCGCGCGAGGCACUGUCCGGCAGCGCGGCUCUCGCUUCGACGCAGGCGCGGGUCCUCAAGCACGAAGAGGCGAUGCUGCGGGCGCGGCACGCGCUCGAGUCGGCCGUCGCCCAAAAGACGGCGGAGACGCGAAUCACGCUCAACAAGGUCGAGGCGGACGCCGACACGCGCUCGGGCGCGCUCGUGGCGGCCGCCGCGGUGCACAAGGAGCAGGGCGAGGCGGUGGCCGCGCUGUGCGCCGCCCUCUCCUCCUCGCCGCCGUCCGAGGUUGCGGUGCCCGAGUCGCUCGCGCGCGGGUUCGUGCCGAUGCUGCCGGCUGCCGCGCCGCCCGCCGCCGCCGCCGCGGACGAGGGCAAGUUCCAAGCGGACGAGGGCGGUCUCGCGAGCAAGGAGGGCGUGCUCUUCGUGCAGGGCGGGAUCCUGCGGCAGUGGAGGCGCUGCUGGUGCGUCGGCGGCGGGGGCAAGUUCCGCGUGUACCCGCUGCCAAACGUCGACAAGCGCGGCUCGGGGGCGGAGGAGCGGCCUGCCAUCGCCGACCUCGAGCUCGUCCUCUGCGCCGUCAAGCCGCAGCGCAUCGGCACGCGCUCGUACCUGCAGCUGCGCUCGCCGCAGGCGCAGCUCACCCUGCAAGCCCUGACGGAGGGGACGGCGCAGGCGUGGGCUGCCUUCUUCUCGCGCGCCAUCGAGCAGGCGUACGGCGUCGGCGGCGGCGUCGGCGGCGCGGGCGGCUUGCCCGGUGCCCAGCCCACCGAGAAGGGCAGCUCCGCGGGGGAGCACGCGCCGUCGUCGGGGGAGCGAGCUGCCGCACUGGCGCGGCUGCGUUCGCUCGAGGUGCCGUGCGCCGACUGCGGCGCCGCCCGCGCCGAGUGGCUCUCUGCCAACCUCGGCGUGCUAGUCUGCCUCGAGUGUGCCGGCUGCCACCGCUCGAUGGGGACGCACGUCUCGAAGAUGCGCUCGCUCGUGCUCGACGCGUGCGAGGCGCCCCUCCUCAACCUCGCCUGCGACCUCCACGAGGCGGACCUCGGCCCGCACGCGCCGCCGCCGGCUGACGGCGGCGGUGACGCCGCGGCGGCGCCCGCGCCGGCCUCGGGGGCCAACGCGGUGUGGGAGGCUCGGCGGCCGCUCUCCGUGCGCCGUCCGGCGCCGUCCGACGGCGCCGACGGGCCGGGCCCGCGCGAGCUGCGCGAGGUGUUUGUCCGGCUCAAGUACGAGCUGCGCGAGUUCGCCCUCCGUCCCGAGGAGGUGCCGCGCGGCCCGGGCGCGAGACCGGCCGACGGCGCCGCGUUGGGAGAGGCGCUCGCCGACGCUUGCCUCGCCGGCGAGCCUCUCCGGGCGCUGCAGCUUCUCGCUGCCGGAGCGGACGCCUCCUACUCGCGCGACGGCGUGACAUGCUACGAGAUCGCAGUUGCUGCCGCUGCCGCAGACGACGCCUCGCCCGGCUCGGCUCUGUGCGCGGAGCUGCUGUCGCACAACGGCGGCGUGCCCCUCGCCGAGCUGCCGCCGCUGCCCUCGGAGAUGCCAGACGAGGCUGGGCCGCCGAGCGGCGGCGAGGGGCCGCCUUCGCCGCGCUCCCCCCCCGCCGACGCAGCCGCGACGGUCGCCGCCGCCGCAACGGCGGUCGUCGGAGAGGUUGCGGCGGUGAGCGUCGAGCUCUCACAAGACGUCAAGGCGGCGGUGGGGGUGGUUGGCGAGGCGGCCGUGCAGUCGGCGCGCACCCUCGGGCUGGGCGCUUUCGCCUCCUCGAUCAGCGACGUCGCCUCCUCCCUUGGGGGCACCAUCGGCGAGAUCAUCGCAGAGGCGCCGGCAGAGCAGCGCUCGCCCACCCCGCCGUCCGCCUCGCGGCAUCCGCCACAGCGCAAGGAGCCGAUCCCCGAAACCUCGCUGCCGCCCAAGACACCGCCGCCGCCAGAGGCGCCUGCGGCUCCUGCCGUGGCGGCUCCGUCGCUGGCGGCGUGCACGGCGAGUCCCUCGGCGACGGCCACGGCGGCUGAGACGGCGGGACCUGUGGCGGCGGCGGCUCCCGAAAUGGCAGCGGCGGCUCCCGCUGUGGCGGCUCCCGCUACGGCGACGCCCGCGGUUGCGGUCCCCGCGGUCGCGGCGCCCGCGGAUGCGGCGCCCGCGGUUUCGGCCCCCGCGCGGGAUGCGGGGCCCGCGAUUGCGGCGGCGGCGCCUGCGGAGGAGCCGCUGAUAGACUUCUGA